AUGAAUAGGGUAGGCAGGCCUUCUGGUCCUUCCUUAGAUGAUUUUAUCUACCGAACACCCCCGCAGACCUUUGCUGACAAUACUACGGUGUUUUACCACCCUGCGGGUUCAAAUGCAUAUGAGGGAACUGCUAAAAGUGCUAGCACUCCCUUCACAACCCGGGAUAGGUUCACGUUCGAUCGUAGCAUAACAUGGUUCCCUGCGCAUAUGGCAUCCGCCAAGUUGAACAUAGGCAAGAAGCGCCGUGCUGUAGAUUGUAUCCUUGAGGUGCGUGACGCUAGAGCGCCGCUGACAUCAUCUAACUGUUCCCUUUUGGAAGAGUAUCCUGACCAUGUCCCUCGUUUGGUAGUCCUGAAUAAGAGCGACCUUGUACCAGCAUCUGACAUAAAGCGUGCCAGUAAGCUUCUGGAGCAGACAGGUCGUCAUGUGGUUGCUUACAGUGCUUUGGGUCUGCGUAAAAUCACUCAGAUCACUAACUUCGUGAAUACGCACGUCUCGCCAAAGUUCAAAACACUAGGGGUGUGGAUGAUGGUUGUAGGAUUGCCUAACGUUGGCAAGUCGUCAAUAAUUAAUGCACUGAAGCGUUAUUCAUUUUCGCAACGUUGGCACUCAAGGUAUGGUAUGCAUGAGCCUACGAGGCUGACUACUGCCAAAGCGAGAUGUUCUGCGGAACCGGGCAGUACUCGCCAUUUGGGAGCAUUUUUCGUAUCCGAGAAGCCUAAACUCUACUGCUUUGAUACCCCAGGGGUGAUGCUUCCUAAGAUGGAAUGCCCCGAGAUUAACCUGAAGUUGGCUGCUCUAGGGUGUUUGGAAGAUCACCGAGCAGGACUGGAUUAUAUCUCGGAUUACAUAUUGUAUACGUUGAAUCGUCGUCAACUGCUUGAUUAUGUACAUGUUUUGGGUUUGGAGCGUCCAACGGACGAUGUGAAAGAGGUGGGUAACCAACCAUUGAGACAGUAUAAGAUAGCCCAGGUGAUGGAGCACAUCUCCCAUGUUGCCGAACGAAAAUACAGCACAAUAGAGCCAGCGAACUGUUAUCGUAUAUUUAUAAAUCAGUUUCGUUUGGGUCGUUUUGGGCGCAUCUGCAUGGACGAUUUGAGCGACAUAAUGAGGCGGGGUGACCUUUCAGAUUUUGAAUUGAGUAUCGUUAUCUGGCGCGUUAUUCUACUGGUAUGCGCGUUGCGCCUCUACCAUGUCUACGCUUUCACGCCUAACACAAGAACGUACUUCUCAGCCCUGGGUAAACCGUAUAUUAGCCUUUCUGAACAUCAUUCUUCGGGAUUUAAAUCGUGGAAGGUAAGGAAUCAUGAACUCCCAGCCAUUGCUUCUACCGGUAGUGACCCCUCCGGUGGUCAACAGCGCCAAUAUGUUGAAGAUGGUCUCAUUAUUACAGAAUUCGAACCAUUACACAAGGGUGCAUCUGCCCCUGCAAGAUCAGAUCCUGCUUUCACUGAAGCUGUUAACCAUUUUCACGAAGUUGAUUGUUCUGAAGGUGCUGACCCUUUACCCAGGGAAGAUGAUAUUAACAGUAUAGAUUACGAGGAAUUGCAACUUGCAUUUUAUCAGGGAGAUGAGGUAGUUGAUGUUGUACUUAAAAAUGCUCAGGAUAUGUUGAACAUGGAAUGUGAGAAUCUACUUCAGUUUCACAGAUGCCGACGUUAUGCCGGGUUGGCCAAAGAGUCGUCCCGCAACGAUGCUGCAGCAAUGAGAUCGAUCCGUUGUCUAGUGUACUUGAUUGGCGGUCGUAUAUUGAAUUGCGCUAAAAAGGCAAUGAACCGUGUAGAACGUGAGCAUGAUGGAAACUCAUCUGCAACUGAAGGUAUCCGUCGUAACCUUGAGGGGCGAAUAAGGGGCAUCAUACUAGAGACUGUAAAUUACUGGGAGGGCAUUAUCAAGCCAAAAAAAGUAGAAUGUUAUCUACCUGUUUAUCCUAGAGUUAAAGAGGUUGUUACGGGUGAGGAAUACGUUGCUAAGGUGUGGGACUACCUAAACGCAUCUGCUUUUGGUGGAGAUCUUCCCGAAUAUUGUGACAUGAAUUUUGGUUGGUACAACAUGAUAGAACCGGAUGGCAGUGUUAUAGAGAGUUCAGAUGAUGAGUUGUUCCGCAUAUCAAGAAGGGAAUAUGUUCGAUUCCCACGUGUUGUGUAUCCCAAGGAACUGGUUGGGUACCAGAGUGCUCUUGGUAACACAGUAUUUAGGUCUAUGCUGAAGUUGUAUUGUGACAUCUAUGGAUCACGUUUUGGUGGUGAAGAUUAUGCUUCAUCUGCGCUAUCGGCAUUGCAAUUUGUGGAAUCCACUGCGGCGAGAAAUGACCGUGUGGCUUUCAGCUGUAUCCAGUCAGAUGUGGUAGGGUCAGAUUCUCGGUUGAGACACUUGUUAUCCCAUCUUAACGCCUUAGAACCUUUGCGUAACGCCGAAGGUGAUAUAAAUGAUGAUGAAGAUGUGUUUCCUGAUUUGGACCAGCUCCCUUAUUUCAAAAACCGCCUAAGCUUCCGUAUUCUUAAAAAGGUGGUCAAGGAGACGCAAACUGCUUUGGAGAUAUUCGAUAGUUCGUUCCGCCCACAUGGUAAAGAGUGGUUAGACCGUGUUGACGAGGAAUUGAAGAGCGGGAAUAUAGACAUCACGGCCGGUAUUCUAGUGGAGCCUCCUGGGAAAUUGUCCAGUGCACAAAAGGUUGAUAUGCAAUCCGAUUCAAAGUCAUCAGAUGAUAUGUUAGAGCCUCGUGAAGUUGUUUGGUCCCGUGACACAAAUGGGAAUUUAACUGUUCCAAUAAACGAACUGUAUCGCAGUCUUGUGUUUGCUGACUUGGAGAAAUUCGGCAACCUAUUAUCUUUAGGUAUGAACGAAUUGCUAGAAUUGAAGCCCGUGCAAAUAAACAGUAUACAGAACAAAAUCGUGGCGUUAUGCAUAAAUGUGUUAAACCAGGUGAGAGCGCUAGACGCCUUUUCAGUUAACUUCUCACUAAUCCCUGAGGAUAUUGCUAAGCAAUCUACUGUUGGUCUCGUUGAAAAGUCAAACACGGUAAUUAUACAGUGUAUAAUGUUUUUGAACAAGUUUAUUGGUCGAUGUCUAGCUCAUCGUGGUCUAUAUCCUCUGGACAAUGAGUUUUUGCGUGAAAGGCCGCUGGAGUUGUUGAUCAAGGAGAACAACCCAUCAAUGUUCACUUUACCAGCCUCUAUUGAUCCUACUCGUUUCGGUGCAGCAGCGGUACGUGAGGAAGCACGUAUGAAGCCUGUCCCGUUUCCCAAGGAGUACAUGAACGAUGUUGUAUCCGCGGACGAUCCGUCAGCGCUUCAAUUUUUAGUGAAUUAUUACAACUUUAACCUUUUUGGUGGCCGAUUACCGAUAGAUUUAGCUGUGAAGUUUGACGAUGAAGCGUUGAAUGAAUAUCUUUCUUCACAUGAUGAUUCCGCCGAGUCGCUCAUCGUGCCUACCAUUCGACUUAACCCUUUGGUAAAGCGUAGUAAGAUCCUGGUAUCACGUUUGGUUAUGGACGAAUGUUUUCACCUGUACUUAAGGAACUCAUAUAGGUUUAAUACGAGUUUUGAGGGUAAAUCUAAAUUAAUGUUAACGGACGUACUUGAUUCGGACAUCGUUCGGCGUACAAGGCAGCAUCUUGCGAACUGUAUUGAACCAUCUGGUGGCUGGCCAUUUUUCUUUGACGAAUUAGAGUAUAUGGCCAUAAAUGAGCGACCUGAACUGGCCAAUUUGGGUUCUAGAUUACCUGCCUUGAAAGGACGAUCUUUAAACACUAUUUUCAGUGAUUUGAUCUCCACCGACCUGGACGUUGUGGGUACCCUUGAGAAGCUGGUGGAACGUACCGACAUGUCAGAUCUCUGGGAACGUCAGGUGUUGCCAAUACGUCAUUUUGUGAACUCGCUUCAAAGCGGUAUUUAUGACCUUGCUUAUACGGUGAUACUGAACCCUAGUUCGGUUGCUGUAAUAUCCCCUAUGCCAAUAAGUGAGAUAAAUAUGCUUGAGAACAAGUUUAAAGAAGCAUGUCAUAUUUCACAUGUCCUUGACGACGGUGAUGGUAAGGUUGUGGAUGAGUCCAGGCAGCACCUGAACUCACUUGCUAACCUGGAGUCGCUGAAGAUUGUUGAGUGUGCUUUCGACGAGCUUAGAGAGCAUUCUACGAAGCACGGGCUAAUAUCUGUGCCUGACCUCACCGAGGGCAUCAGAGAGGCGACAGAUAACCUUGCCCGAUGUCAGCCAGAAGAGUUGGCGCAUCAGCCUUCCGAAGUCGAUUGUACUAUCAUAGGCACAAGUCCAUCUGGCUUACCUACGGAGUUACGGCGCAGCAAUAAGGAUGAGGAAGUGAUUAAGAAGUACAUGCCAGUAACCGAUCCCCCGACCUCAAAGUGUACACCUGAGGGAAAUGUUGAUAGCAGCAGCAAUAACUAUACUUUGAACGAAGAAGAGCGUCUUGUUUUUGCUGAAGCUGUAUAUAGUGGAUACAACCAUACGCUGUUUAAGGAUGCGCUCCCAUCUGACGUUGGUAUUGAGUUUACCAGUUCCCUUGAUGAUCUAUCAUCCCUCUACGAGGAUCUGCAUCACAUUGCACCUCCAAUCAUAAGGCUUCACGGGUUACUUUUCAACGCUAAGUUGAUAUUUUUGCAGAUGAUGCUGCAAAUGAUCAACAUCUCCUUUGCAUCAUCUACGCACAAUAUAGAGAUGGACUGUUUACGUUAUUUUGGGACACCAUACCGGAGUGCAUUUGCGCGAUUUCAUUCUGAGCAGCAGCAGUUGAUUAAAAGUCGCUUGUUACCUCUAAGUCGUGAAGCCCGUCAGAAGGCUAAGGAGGAGUCUAAGGAUGGAGUGAAUGAAACCUAUAUCAGUUCAUUGAAGGAUGCUGCUGAUGUAAAGGCUGCUGGUGGCAGCGGCAACACGCUAUUGGAUAUGGAAAUUGAUGAGUUUGUUGACGAGGUUUUGGAGGGUCGGUCCAAGGUACAGCGUCUGAAUACUGAUGUAUCUCUUUGCAACCCUUUCGAAGAAUAUCAGACGCUUAAGUCGUUUGCCCGUCAUUUUGUAAACUGGAAACGUACAAAAUCAAACUAUCAAGGCGCUGCAUCAGUUGAACCUGUGCCGUUUUCAUCAUCUGGUGACAAGGCUCUACCAAUAUUAAGCAAUAGCAUUUUACGGACUCUAUGGUCCCGUUCUAAGUUCGAACAUGUUGAGAAACUGCUUAAACAGAUGGGUAUGGAGAUGCCACUAUCUGCUAACAUGGAGUUGAACUGGCAACGUCUAUUAACUGAGGAUCAGCAAUUCAAGUUGAUGAAAUAUCUCACUCUUAAGGCAGUGCAUUAUGACAGCGCCUUUACAAUGUUGGUUCGUAGCGGUGCUUGCACUCCUGAAGAGUCGUGUGAGCUGAUGGUAAAGUUGACCGACCCUUAUUUGAAAUUAGAGCCAUAUCCUGAUGAUAAUACCGACACGGCAGCAUCACAGGAGCAGCGUGAAACUCCCAGAACAGAUACUCAAGAUGCUACAGCUAGUGCUGAUGAGCCAGAGCAGGGAGAUGUAUUCUCUAACGAAACAUUUGUUCAAGAGCUUGAAGGGGUCACUAAAAGUAUGGACCCAUCCACGGCGGAGACCGUUAACGUGUUAGUUGACAAGCUUGUACGUCGUAACUACUCUGCUGCAUUGGGUAUAUUAAGUUCGCAUCCUAAACAGGGGUAUCUGAAGGAGUCUGCGAUGAAGUUGCUCGAUAUAAUCCGUAAUAACGGUGUUCUCGACGACCGUCAACACAUAGAGAUCCUCGAGUUUCUACGCAACUAA